AUGGGCCAAGAAGCCUCCAAACCGAAACCCGGCACAUGUCUCCAAGUAAUCGGCGCAGGCCUCCCCCGCACCGGAACCGCCUCCCUCGCCAAAGCCCUCGAAAUCCUCCUCUCCGACGGCGACGGCGCCCCCGUCCACCACGGCGGCACCCAACUCACCCGCGGCCCGGAAUCCGAAAUCCGCUCCUGGAUAACCUGCCUCUCCCACACGCCCAUCCGCACCGCCGCCGACGAAAAAGUCGUCCUCGACACCCUGACCGCACACUUCCACGACGGCUACGCCGCCGUCGUCGACGUCCCCGGAAUGCUCUUCACCGAGGAACUGGCGGCGCUGCACCCAGAUGCCCUCGUCAUCUGCACCGUUCGCGAACCAGAGGCGUGGGUGCGGAGUAUACGACAGACGGGUCAGCGGAGCCUGCAGGUGUUUCUGUCGGUUGCACUGUUUUGGUUGCCUACGAUGAGGUGGUUUCCGCGGUAUAUCGAUGCUAUUCCCAACGGCCGGCGAUGGGGUGUUGCCUACGCGACGAGUGUGGGAUUUGCAUCAGGCUUGGGUGAGGAGGGUUGUGAACAAGGAGAGGUUGGUGUUUUAUGA